AUGGAAUCAAAAAUAACUGCAUCUUAUAUCACAUUUUUGGAUGCGAAAGUAGAUGAGUCCGUGAUGGAGCGGAAUAAUUCAGUGUCGGUCAACUCACAACGUAUUCCAGUAGAUAAAUUGGAAAUCGAGGGUUGUACUUGUGAUCGCGCGGAUAACCCGUACCGAAAUGACGUUUGGACACGAUUCUAUGGCAAUGGAGAGCGUCUGGACUAUAUUUUCUAUCGAACCGGGAAUGGCCCAUUCGAUCAGCAAUUCGGUUCAUCUCCUGCUGAGAUCACCUGCCACUCCAGUUGGCUAGAUCUUCAAGCGGUACCCGAUGAUCCGUCAGGCCUGCACUAUUCGGAUCACGAAGGCGUCGGAGCCUCUUUCUCACUUACCCAGCCGGUCUCAUCUGACAGAGCAGCUCCUGCUGAGAUCACCUGCCACUCCAGCUGGCUAGAUCUUCAGGCGGUACCCGAUGAUCCGUCAGGUCUGCACUAUACGGAUCACGAAGGUGUCGGAGCCUCUUUCUCACUUACCCAGCCGGUCGCAUCUGACAGAACAGCUCCUGCUGAGAUCACCUGCCACUCCAGCUGGCUAGAUCUUCAGGCGGUACCCGAUGAUCCGUCAGGCCUACACUAUUCGGAUCACGAAGGCGUCGGAGCCUCUUUCUCACUUACCAAGCCGGACGCAUCUGACAGAGCAGCCAUAUCGAAUACCGCGGACCCUUCCAAACUGGAGCCGUUGCUACUCGAGAUGCGUGAGCGUAUCGUUCGUGGGUUGCGCAUCUGCCGAAAGAUGCGGCAAUUUCACCUAUCCAUCUCCCUCCUGAUGACGUUGCUAGCGCUGAUGCUUCCCACGUGCUUAUCACACUCCAAUUUGGCCACUAACGUCGUGGGGAUGUUCACUUUUGUCAUAAUCGGAGCCACUUUAUUUGCAUUGGUGUGGGGCUCGAUUGUGGGUCGGACGACUGAGCGACGCGCUUUGGAAAAUUCCGUCCAGACGAUCAAUGUUUGGCUGUCUUGUUUGCCCUCCUCUGUGUCAAAUGGGCUAAAGACACCGGUUACCGAGGCUGUGCCACGUGGUGAUGUGCUGUGAUUUGUACCCUCGAUGUCGGUUCUUUCUUAUUCCGGUGAAAAAUCCAUGACACAUUUCACUCAUUUCUUGUUACUUUCCUUCCCAUUAACCGUGAUGCAAGUAGGCUCAUCUUCCGUUGCUACCCAAUCGUCUGUGCAUUCUACCCUGUGUUAAUGACUUCAUCCGGUUUCAUUGACCCCGACAUUUGAACUGCUUUAUCUGUUCGUGUACUUUCGCAGUAUAUGCUUGAGGAAGUGUUGAUUGAUACAAUGAACAGUGGUUUAUCACGAGUGAAAAAGCAUUUGCUUGACAAUUGCCGCAGGAUGGUAGAGGUAAAACUACGGUGUCAAAAGAUAUGUGAGUUGUCUGUUUGCGCGUCUACUGAGCAGACGCGCCGCUGAAUCACAGAAGUGUCAAUGAGAAUUGAAUACACACGACAAGAUCACAUGGCGGCAGUUACAGCUGAUGUACUCCGUGAGAAAAUUCAAAACAAGCAUACUCACUUCUGUACCGCCUCCUUAAUCUGUGUGACAUAAACCGGUUUGAAGGCAUGAUUUAUAUAUUCCAAAGUAGCACAGCUUAGUUUACGAAGUAAUAGGGUCCAAGGGCAAUAUGCAAUCCUUUUUUGAAAAUAUCCAAG